GCUAGGGAAUGCUGUGGGUAUGCGGUGAAAAUACACAGUGGACAUACGAGUACGGUCGGUCACACGGGCGCGCCUUUAUAUUGGAUGGUGGCGGCCUUGGUGCGGGUGAGUGCGUGUCUGCUGGUGGCGGCGGCAGCGGUGGUUGUCGCCGCCCCGUCUGAUGUGGAGUUCGUUUCGCCCUUCUUCACGCCAGCCAUCACAGACCUGGGCUGCGGGGAGGAUGUGGACAAUGACGAGUGUGAGGCACGAGCUGAAGUAUGCUCUGGCAUCUUCCCUGACCCUGAUACAGACACAUCAAACUCCAGUGAGCCCCUACCAGCUGACUUCCAGGCCUGCCUCAUUGAAAACCGGCCCCCACAGCUCCCCACGCAGCCCAGCCUUGCACCCAUGCUGAACUUUCCUGUCAUCCCAGUGCCAAUGCCAGACAUGGUUCCAUUUCGUUUCUGUGCCCUCAAUGUCACUGGCCUGCUUAACCCAGACAUGACGGUCAACCACACUGCCAUCGGGGACUUCCUGAUGACAGUGGUGCCCCCUGAUGUGUCAGCAGAUGUAGUGGUGUCUGCUGUGUCUGCCUGUCCCAACCCACUCCUGCACUCCCUGACAGCCUUCCUGCACUGCCUACGUGCCACUUGCUUGAUUCUCACAACAUCUGACAUGAUACCCCCAAGGCCCACCCCCUCUCUCAUUAUUUCACCUUAUUCUGGAGCACCCUAGCCAUGUCUUCUCACCCUAGUCACAUUCUGGCAGUCAUCUCAUGCUCUCUCUCUCUCUCUUCCUUUAUAUUUUACCUGUCCCUGUCACAUCACAGUAUUUCUUCCUUGGACAUCUUACUGUUCACUCCAAGUGCCAUUGAGCUUUUUUUCCUUUCUGUACCUGACCUAUCUCAUAACUUUUUGCCAAACUCUGUUCCAGUAACUGUCUGAAGAAUAAACUAUAAGAUUCUACAUAAA